AUGACAGGGAACACGGUAGCCGUGAUCGGUCUGGGGGCGAUGGGGAUUGUGGCGGUCAAGAAUCUGCUGGAGGAGGGUUUCGACGUGACUGGAUUUGAAAAGAGUGGCUAUGUCGGUGGACUGUGGCAUUGUACUGAGGAUAGAGACACUUUGAGCGUGUUAAAGGGAACGCCACCGUUUCCCUCCGCUUCCAUGGUUGAGGAGUAUCUCGAAGCAUACGUCGACCACUUCCAUCUCCGUCCCCAUUUCCGCCUCAAUGCGACUGUGGAGAGGAUCGUACACGUGGACGAGAAGCAGCAAUGGCGGGUAGAUGUGCAUGGCGAGGAAGCGAGGUACUUUGACAGGAUCCUCAUGGCUACAGGCCCGCAUGACUACGCUGGAAAAAGGGUGCUGCUGCUGGGACUGGGCAACACCAGUGGUGACAUUGCCCAUGCGCUGGUACCUUACGCCGCAUCGAUACGUAUAGCGCACCACCGUGGCGCUCUCAUAAUGCCACGCCUUGUCAACGGCCAGCCGGUCAACAGGCUCGUCACUCAGCGGCAUAUCAACGCCCAGGGUUUCAUCGAGCGCUUCAGUCCUUCCCUCGUGGAGAAUACUCUCAAUAAGAAGGCAAAAGAAGUCAUGACAAACUCUUUCGGUGUCCCAAAGCCAGAAUGGGGUCUCGAGCCCGCUCCGUCCAUGAUGGUAACCACGCCUGUCGUGUCCGAUACACUCAUCGACCACCUGAGAUCAGGAGCGGUGGCAUCUGUACCUGGUGUGAGACGAGCCGUGGGGCCCCGACAGGUCGAGCUUGUAGAUGGGGAAGCCAUAGAGGUCGAUGUGAUCAUCUGUUGCACGGGCUACCAGAAUGACUUUGGGAUCCUGGAUCCUCGAUACGAUCCCAGUGCGAGCCAAAAUCCACACUGGACGGCCGCCCCUGGGUCAAAAGGUCGCCCGCUGCCACGGUUAUAUCAGAAUGUCUUCUCCCUCGGAAAGCCAGAGUCACUCGCGUUCAUGGGAUGCGUGUGGUUCCCGACGGGGGCGUUUCUCUUGGCUGAUCUGACCAGCAUGUCUAUCGCCCAGGUCUGGAAGGGCAACUCGGAUCUUCCGACGCGCGACGUCAUGCAGAAGUGGGUAGACAAGCAGGAGGAAAGGAUGGUGGCACUGGCGCAUCGAGGGUCGCCCAUUCCUGCGUCUGUGCCGCAGAGGCAGUGGCUGGUAUGGGCGAACGCGACCGCUGGGCUGGGCGUGUUCGAACGACUGGGCUGGGGCCCCAAGGGGUGGCUCUUCUGGUGGCAGCAGAGGGACGUGUGGAGGAUGCUUAUGGAUGGCGUGCUCACGAGCGUCAUGUGGAGGCUGUUUGACCAACGGAAACGAAAACCCUGGGCUGGUGCUCGGGCGGAGCUGGAGAGACUGAAUAAGGAGGCGAAUCAAUGA